CCGACGACAACAGUUUCGUGGCUUGAAGUUUGGCAAGAAAAAAUGGCUCUAAAAAUCGCACGUCAAAAAGUGUAACCAGUUGGGACAAAAAAUAAUUAAUCAUCAUGUCUAACAAUAUCGUCGGGUUGAUGAAAAAAGGAAGUUCGCCCAUUAACCUAGACGACAGGUACGUGAAAUUCAAAAAAUUUGCUCCGUUGAUCCUGAAUGGUCAUUGGUUGAAGGAUGGCGAUGCUUAUUUAUCGAACAACGGCGAAACUGCUAUGAUCCAAUUGAGUGGCCACCGAAUCCCUUCGACUGUCACCGGUGGGCCCUUGGUAAAUGAUGUUUACGAGUUUACAAAUACACAUUUUCAUUGGAGGAAAGAGAAUAGCAACGGUUCUGAACAUCAGAUCAACGGAACUUGCUUUUCCAUGGAGGCACAUGUCGUCCAUUGGAAUAGAAAGUACUUAACGUUUGACAAAUGUUUGCAGCACAAAGAUGGACUGGCCAUUUUGACAUAUUUCUUUCUGGUUACCGAAAAAAAUUGUGAUGGGAAUAAUCCACUGGUCGAAAAAAUAACGGAUUAUUUGAAAUAUGUCGUGGAACCGAAUACGGAAAUAAACAUUCCUGCAAAUUCUUUGUGCUGGAUGCGGAACGCAACUUAUUGCCCAAAAUAUUAUACGUACGCGGGAACAUACAACAAAGGAUCGACCCCGGAGUGCGCAACAUGGAUCGUCUUUCCACUCAUAAUUCCCAUCAGCGCUUGUCAGAUUGAAGAAUUUCGAAAACUGCGAAAUCACGAAGGUGCCAGAAUAAUGGAAAACUGCAAAGAUAUCCAAACUCCAAAUGGACGAAGAAUAUUUUUGGUUGCAAAUAGUCAUUGAAAGUAAAAACAAAAUACUCAUUU